AUGGCUGCCGGUCACGACCUCCUGUCCAGGCAGAUGGAACUAUGUGGACGCUGUACGAUCUCGACGCUCGUCGAUUUUGCACUCCGUCUCCCUGCUGUGUACAUACCGGUUGAGAGGAGACUUUUUCCUGUGGCAGAGAGCAAUAAACUCUGGACUUUGUGUGCCUGUGUGGACAGUCUCAUCUUCCAGCGUGAUGUGAUUGGACCGUUUUGGUCCUCAUCUCCCAAGCCCUUCUCUCCCGGCUCCUCCUCCCUGUCCUGUCUGGGCCCCGACGCGCCCUCCUCUCCCCGGAGGAGCCUCUGGCCGGCCUCGGGGCCCGACAGCAGCUCGCGGGUCUCCUUGCUGCCGCCCUUCCUGAGUGACCAGGCACAGCAGGUGCAUGUGCUGGGGACCUUCCACCUCUUCUGCCAGGCCACAGGUCCUGCGGACGUCCGCUUUGUCUGGGAGAAGAAUGGGCGAGCCCUGGAGACCUGUGUCCCCGUGCAGACCCACACGCUGCUCAACGGCAAGGCCCACGUGCUCAGCUGGCUGCGGGACGCCAUCCGGGAGAGCACCGAGUAUCGCUGCUCCGUCUUCUCCUCCGCAGGGAACGAGACCUCAAAGGUGCAGGUCGCUGUGAUGAGACCUGAAGCAACCCACCAGAAGUGGAGCAGAGAGCUUGCCGCUUGGAGGGCUGUGGUCGGGGAGCACGACCAGAUGAUGCAGAGCUGGAGGAAGGCGUGGGAAAGCUGUAGCAAGGACACCUCAUAGCCACCAAGAGGCAGUUCCUGACCAGACCCUGAUGCCACCAGCCACUGCCAACCCUGGAGGACCAGGCAUACACGGUAGCGAGCUAUCUCACCCCAGCCUGCUCUAGACACAGCCAUCGAGCCAUCGGGCCAUCGCCUGACAGACCCUCCUGGGGGCUGCGCAUGCCUGCGACAGGAACCGGACUUUUUAAGAAAUGAGAUGUCUGGCAGAAGUGCGCAAGCAGGAUGGCUAAUAGCCUACAGUAGCAGCUCUGGUGACAGCACCGGGUACAGGCUCCUUCUCCAGAAAGUCGUCAUGCCUUAAGGGCCACUCGUACAAGAUCCCAGUGACCUUUUAUGCAGUCCCCUCCACCCGCCGACAGCAGGCAGGGUGAGCACAGCCAGACCAGCGCGUGCUGCUCUGUCUGACGGAAACCAAGCCCACCUGCCACUUCUCCCGCCUUCAGAUUUAGCCACAAACUAAGGCACAUACCGGGACAGAGGGAGAGACUCCACAUAAAAAUGCUUUGCCUUAAACCCUGAGUGACUGUGAGGUGGCAGCUGGGAGGGCAUCUGUCACGUCUGUGUGUUCUUCGCUGACCUCAGAACCCUGGGCCCUGUUGUGUUCGGGCGCCGCGGUGUCUGCCCUUGAGUGCAUGCCCGGUCCGCGCUCAGCUCCAGCGAUGGGACGCCGAGCUGUGUGAGGCAGAAAAGCCAAACAGGUCAGUUAUGCAAAUCUCCUAGUGCCACACUGAGUGUUCUGGACGCUGGGAUGGAUCUGCUGAGUACUUUGCUAUACCUGCUUCUGAUUAUUAAAGCUGUCUCUCCAAAGACUCUUGUCAGUGUUGUGUGUGAACUUGUCCCAAAGCUGCUCAGCCUUUAACCUUAUAGGCCCAUCUUUUCUUAUCUGUGGAAUGAGUUUUCACGUCUACCAUAAAAACCACCCAGUU